AUGCAAUACAAACUGAGUGGAGCUACCUCGAAAUUAUCUCAAGUUGAAAUAAUACCUGCCAAAACUGAUGUUGGUGCUUUGGCUAACAGAAUAAAUCUUGAAACCAGAUCCUUGCACGAUAGAGCAGACAAGACGGUUACCUUAAAAUUUGCCAUUGCUAUAAGAAAUUACAAGGUUUAUCGUCAAGGUUUGCAAGCUUUCUAUCAUGUAUUUGCUUCUAUUGAAAAGGCCUUGUACAGACAGCUUGAAAAGAAAGACGAGUGGAGUGAGAUGUUGGAGCAAGUUUGGAAACCGGAGAUUGCUAGAGCUGGUAAAGCCGAACAAGACUUGUUAUUUUUCUAUGAUGACAACAAGGAAAAAUUCAUCAAGCCUAUCAUGCCAGCACAAAUUGAAUUCUGUAAACACAUUUUGGAAGUUACUGAAGAAAAACCAUACUUGUUGUUUGCCUACUUGCAUGUGAUGUACUUGGCUUUAUUUGCUGGUGGUAGAAUAAUGAGAUCAUCGGUCCUCAAAGCUACUGGUAUGUACCCACAAAGAGAUGGUUUAUCCCAUGAAGACGUGGUGAGAAUGGGGACUAAUUUUUUCACAUUUGAUGUUCCUGAUGAAGAUUUAUUGAGAUUGACAUACAAAAGAGAUUACGAAUUAGUCACAAGAAAUGGUUUGACCGAAGAACAAAAGUUGGAAAUCAUUGAAGAAUCAAAAUACAUUUUCGAACAUGACGUUAAAUGUGUGGCUGAAUUAGAAAAACACAACAUGGACAAACUUUCUGGUAGUUGGACAUAUUUCUUAGUGACAAGAGGUUACUAUGCUGCUUUAGUACUUCUCUCUUUAUUGGCAUUGCUCUAUUUGAGAAGAGUUGUCAAUAAAUUAACCUAA